UAUAGUGGAAAUCCAAUGGGUCUGUCGGAAGUGUUAGCUCCUGAAAGAGUUGGUAUUGUAUUUCAGUUUCCUGAGAGGUACUUCUUAUCAGAUACUAUACUUGAAGAAGUUACUUUUGGAUGGCCAAGGCAAAAGGCAGACAUUGCUUUGAGGGAGCACCUGAGAUUAAAACUUCAGAAAGCUAUUAACUCUGUUGGUCUAAGUGCCAUUUCAUUGGAUAAGGAUCCACAGUCUCUCAGUGGUGGGUUUAAGCGGCGACUUGCUUUGGCAAUUCAGCUGGUUCAAACUCCUGAUUUAUUGUUGCUUGAUGAGCCCCUCGCUGGUCUUGAUUGGAAAGCUCGGGCUGAUGUUGUGAAUCUCCUAAAGGACCUAAAGAAAGACCACACGAUACUGGUUGUGAGUCAUGAUUUAAGGUAA